ACAUUGUUUGGGUUUUUGUCCAGCAGUGCCCUUUUUUGACUACAAAAUGCUUGUAACCUUCCUUGAUGUUUGCUGUUGAUUAGUAUUCAGGUGAGAUACUGAGUUAGAAUAUUAACAGGUUUGAGGCCUGUCCCUUGUAAAUUUGUAGUUUUACCUUUGAGUUAAGAUCAUACAUUAAAAACUGAGCACUGAUACAAAUACAGUGGCUUAUCAGAAUUCUCGUAAACCUUCCAAGAAGUGUAACUGAAAGUGUUGGGCAAAAUUUAACAUUGCUUCAAGGGAUAAUGAUUACACUUGUCAGCAAGUGUAGUGGAGAGCACAGUGCUGUAGUCCCAGAAUGGAGACUGUAACCAAAAAUGAAGGUGGAAUGGAAGAGUAUGUUGGCAGGCUUAUGUUGUUGGUCUUAAACAGCUGGGUGGAAUUGUAACAGGCAUGCUGAGGAGUUGUGGAUGUAUCAUGCUAGAUAGUUAUAACGUCUUGAAAAUUGUGGCUGCGAGAAAAUAGAAAAUGCCUCUAUCUCAUCAAAGGAAAUCAUAAAUUGAUUGGACAACAAAGUGUUACCUAGAUACAGGUUUUUUUUUUUUUUGACCCCAAAUGAAACUGGUCCAUUUUCUCUUUUUUUUAAGCUAAAAGAUUAUUAGACCUUCUAAAGCAUUUGACAGUUCAAUUAUUACAUUAUCUGGGCCAUUAAAAAUGUGCUGUUUAGUUUUUUCAACUCUGGUAGAAUUUACACUUGGAUAAUAUUUGUGUAUGUGAAUGAAGCAGAGGAGGAGAACACGUUAGCAAUCUCUUGGCAAAUUUAGAGUAGAAAAAUGUGUACAUUUUUACAUUAAGGUACAACAGCUCGUAGGAAAUACUAAAUACCAAGAUUUAAGGUCAAUACAUAAAUUUCAUAGUUAGCUUCUGUAGAUGUAUCUUGUGUAUCUGAAUGGGGUAGAUGAAGGUGUUUUUCUUGCUGCUUUUUUCCACUCAAACCUUAUUCCUGUAUUUGUUUUAAGCUGUAUUUCCUGUGGUGUCUACAGAAACUUUAGGCAUGUCUUUCAUCUGUGCUCUGGCAAACUCCUUUUAGGCUUUAAUUGCUCCAGUAAGUCACAUAUGAAAUGUACAAAUUACAGUAGAUGAGAUCUUUUCAUACUUUUGUGACCAGUGUUUAAUUCAGAAAUUCAGAUACUGAAGUGGACUGAAGCCUCACUGACUUGGUCUGAAACUAAUUUUAAGAAAUACUUAAACCACUGUGGAUGUGUCUGGUGUGUUCUGUUCAUGUGACAGUUAAAGCCUUUAACAAAUACCAUCCUUUCUUGUUUGCCAACUUGCCUGAUGUUGGUUGGUGAAGAAUACAGUGCCAUCCUGUGACAGCCAAACUUGUUAAACAAUGGUCAUUUACAAAAAAAAAAAAAAAAAAAAAAACCCAACAAAAAACAAAACCUGACAACCACAAAUGAAAACCAACCCAAAAACCAAACCCCCAAACUCCUCUUCGCCAAGCUGGCAGUUGUUCAUUGUUAAAGUUUUGUGAAAAUGGCAGUACAUGGAAAAUGAUCUCGAAGGAGAAAGAGGAGGAAGAAUUCUCUGCAACAGCUCAUGUGCUUCACUAAGAAGAAAACUUGUCAAGAUAAUUGCCUUUAACUGUCCUACCUUGAAGAAGUAUGUACAAAACUGGUCUUGAGAAGAAAGAGUAAUUAGUAUUUGAAGUAACUGCCAAAGACACAUUGAGAAACAUGUUUUUAUGGACAAUCUACAGAAGAAAUAGAGACUAAAGUCCAUUAAAAGGUUGUCCUUAUUUAGUAAAAAGGCACAGCUGCUGAGAGAAGAAAAAGAAUAAAUAGUUGCAAAGAACAUUUUUAUACUUAAAGGAACAAACUGUGUGUCAUGUAAACUUCUGAAAUACUUUAGUGACAUGUUUUGACUUCUCUCUAGCAAACUGAUAUGUCUGCAGUAUUCAGAGUUUGGUCAGCCUUCUGUUAGACUCUGGGCUGUUCCUUGAUCUGUAAGUCAUGAUUUUGCUGCUCUUUAAUCAGCAGUUAAAUUGUAGGGAUCUAACAGCAUUCAAGAAAAUUUCAAGAUUAUUCUAAAAUAAUAAGGCUAUUCAAAAUAGCCAUAGUAUUCCAGCCACUUGUUCUAAUUGUGUAAUUCGAAGAGUUGAACUCCAGCAGUUAGGGUAGUCAUACCCAGAUGCAGCUGAGGAAAGUAUGUUUUAUACUAGGUGUAGGUGCCAAGAAAAUCUGUUGUGGAGGGUUGAUGCUGUACAAAGCUGUUUUUCUUCAGCAAACCAUAUGCUACUCGUUUCUAAAUGUGCUACUAUGGUGUAUAUGAGAGGAUGCUCUCACUUACUCAUACCUGUGAGGUAUGCUAAAUAUAUACCUAGCAGGAAAUACUAAUAUUAUUAUGUGUUUGUUGCCAAUCUUUACCUUGUUACUCUACACAUUUAUUUGUAUGAAUCAACUUUUCUGCAUCAGAGAUGAAAUGACAUGCUGUUUGGAGAUUUUAGUUACUUUUGUCUAUAAAUGAGUUUCAUUAUCUUGGAACUAUAACAUAAAAAAUGUCAGUACAAUGUUAUUUUGCUGAAUGAGGUUUAUAAUUUAUGAUGAUCUUUCGCAGUACCUGUCAGAUUUUCUAUUAGUGCAUCCAACCACAAAGUAAUAUUUUCCAGCAUUCUUUAGAAUGCUAUGUAGUCCUGGUGUUAAACUUUGGUAAUUUGCAUUAAAACUGUACAGAUGAAAAGGUGUACCUGAUUUGUUUCCCUUUUCUUAAAGGGUUCAUUUGGUACUUUAUGAAGUCUCAUAGCUGUGCUUCCUUUCCUGCUUUCUUUCAUAACACAUUAAUGUAGAUACAGCUCGAGACCUUCCCUUUUACUCCCUGCCUAUUCUUAAACAGCAAGAAAAUACUCAACCUAUUUAACACUUGUGUUUAAGGGCUUAUAGUGUAUCUUACAGACCAUGUACACAUUCUGAUUGUAUCUGGGGACAAAUGAGCGUCCUUUUUGUACUGUUGUUCAGAAUAUGAUGAAAAAUACCUGUUCCCAAACCAAAAUCAUUAAUGUCCUCUGAGGAUCAAGUCUUUGGUAUAGAGGAACACCUUAGUGUUUGUCCAGACCACAGCAAACAGCAAUCUUGGCGAGAGUAGCUUGAACUUCUAUUUGUACCAAGAGAAACCCAAAAAGGAUUAAAAUAUUUUAAAAACUUAGACUUUUGGAUUCUCCUGUGAAGGUGAACACUCAGCACAUCAGUAGCAGAUAUCCAAGUUCCAGUCCUGGCCUUCCAGUCUGGUGCUUUUCUUGACUCUUCAUGACCUCGUGUCUUGAGCAGCCUAGCUGGAUCUCCUGGUUCCUGUUUCUUCUUGUUUCAAAAUUCUGCUUUCCCCCAUUUUAAAUCCCCUACCCUUUUAUAUUCAUAUACAUACACUAGGCUUUUACUACUUGUUUUGGUCUUCACUGUUGUUUCUAAGACUUGGAAUAUCUCGGACGGAACCCAAUCAAAGUGGCACCGUUCUGCUGGAUUCCCUGCCACAGUGGAAUAAGUUUCUCUCAGAAUAUCUCAGUCGUACUUUUGAGGUUUUAGGGACCUCAUGAUGGUCCUCAUCUACGUUUCUGUUCUGCUACUUUGUCUUGCUGGAAAUGAGGCAAGCUACCCUUUGGAAAUGUGCUCCCACUUUGAUGCUGAUGAGAUAAAACGACUAGGAAAGAGAUUUAAGAAGCUUGAUUUGGACAACUCUGGUUCUUUGAGCGUGGAAGAGUUCAUGUCGUUACCUGAACUGCAACAGAACCCACUAGUACAGCGAGUAAUAGAUAUAUUUGACACAGAUGGAAAUGGAGAAGUGGACUUCAAAGAAUUUAUAGAAGGAGUCUCCCAGUUCAGUGUCAAAGGAGAUAAGGAACAGAAGUUGAGGUUUGCUUUUCGCAUUUACGAUAUGGACAAAGAUGGUUAUAUCUCAAAUGGAGAGCUCUUCCAGGUGCUGAAGAUGAUGGUUGGGAACAAUCUCAAAGACACUCAAUUACAGCAAAUUGUAGAUAAAACCAUAAUUAAUGCAGAUAAGGAUGGUGAUGGAAGAAUAUCCUUUGAAGAAUUCUGUGCUGUUGUAGGAGGCCUAGAUAUCCACAAAAAGAUGGUCGUAGACGUGUGACUCUGUAGGGCACCACCCAACACUUUUGCUUUCUUCUCCAUCUCUGAAGAUCUGCUCAAGACGUCCAGCAAUGCUCUCUGUGUAUUUAAAUUGAAGUAUUUUACUCUGUGAAGCCACAUUUUCCAACAUGAGCCUCAUGAAGCCAACUAAGUGUUGUUGAACUUUUAUUCUCUCAAUAACUCAGUGUAGCACUUUAAAGUCAGAAGGACAGCAAAGAUGGAAAGAGCAUAUCAGUGUGGUGGAGAAAGGGAAGGGGUUGGCUUUUUAAUUUAUUUUUCUUCAUCUUUUAUAACAAGAAAAUAUCUAUCUAUAUAUAUAUAUGUGUGUGUGUAUUUAUAUAUAGAUAUAUAUGUAGCUUUCUAUAUGUAGUAGCUAGGUGGGCUUUAAUUUAAUAUACUUGAUUCAGAAACAAAACUAGAAUACAAAGUGCCAAGCAGAAUAUUAACAGUUCAAUAUAUGGAUAUACAUCCUUACUUUUAUUUCACACAGUUUUAUAUAUAUAGUAGAAGAAUUUAAAAUUUAAACUGGGUGUUAGGUCAACUCUUUUCCUUUAUCCUGUGACUGUUCAGACGUUUCUAUAUAUUGACUGGCUGACAAAGCAUUGCUUCUUAUUAAUUUACCUUAAUUACAUUUUUUGUAACACAGGAGACUAAGUUUAUUUCUACCUGUUAAUAUAUUACCAGGGACUGUGUCUCUUUGCUAAAUAACUUAGUACAGUUCUACUUAAUAUGAGAAUAGUUUAAUGCUACUGCCAAGAACUAGCCCUUAUGUGCAUAUAGUAACUGCAGAAUGCUUUGAUGGCUGCUAGAUUUUGUCAUCUAGGAACUGGGAGCAGUUACAGCUGUCCUGAAGUUAAGGCAAAUCUGCUGUUCUGGAUUAAUUUUAGACACAGCUGUUCAAGGUGUUAGAUGCAUUCAUGAUUUUCUCUUGUGUUUAGCUUAAUGAAAUUUGGAUCAACGUAACUGUGCAGGAUUCCCAUCUACUUACUUUAUACAAUACGUAGAUUAUAAAAUGUUCUUGCCAUUUAAAUUGUUGUUUCAGCCAUGAUAGUAGUUUCCCCUCUGCAUUUAAAGAAUACUACAGGUAGCAUAAAAAACUGGUAAUAUUUUAUAUAUAUAUAUAUAUAUGUAUAUAGGAUUCAUACAGGGGGAAAAUCUUGUUAACCUAUGCCAUAGAGGAGGAAAACUUCACACUAUCUAAAUUUAUACCUCUUGCAGUUCUCCAGUCCUUUGCCUGGAGAAUUUUUUCUUUUCUAGAUUUGUCCAUAUCAUAAUUUGUAAUGGAUGGUAACUUGAUAUAUUUGUGUGAUAUAAAAGUAGCAAGCCAUGUUUUACAACUUUGUAUCAUCCCUUCCCUUUUCUGCAAUGGUACUAUUGGCUGGAAGAAAACAUUUGCUAGAUUUUUUAGGACAGUACAUCUUUCCUGUAUAGUAGUUUUUCUAUUGAAAAAAUUGUUUUAUAAUCAGCAGUGGAAAGUGCAGGUUGUCUGAACCUACUUCAGUCGAGCACCUGUCUGCCAUAGCUGUUCCUUCAACUGAGUGCUGCACAUCAUGGGCUCUGUCUGUGAGAGAGAAAUCCAGGUGCUUGGUGUCCUUGCAUGAUACGAAGUUUUGCAUGUAGAUCGAUUUAAAAUGUUCUUCUUGUUUACAUAAUUUGCAUAAUUUAAAAGUCAAUGUUGCCAAACUUCGGUAAAUGUUCAUGUUCAAAAAGAAAAAUCUCCACUACAUGUAACUUUUCUUCCUCUGGAUCAGUACGUGGUUUAUAAUCCCAGCCAGUGGUUGUAUCUGUUCCAGUGUCAACUGCCAUGUGCUCUGCUUCAAGGGGGAACUAGUCUUUUGUGAAUUUUUUGUACGUAAGUAUUUGUUACAAACAUUUUAGCAAAUGCUUUUGAUUUCUCUUACUUGCUUGUGCAUAUCUUGGCUGGCAUUAUAGAAAUUAGUGCUAAUGUUAUUUCCUUAAGGGGACUGAAAGGGGGAGGGAUGAGGUUUUUUGGUUUGUGGUUUUUUUUUUUUUUUUAGUUUGUUUGGGGAAAAACGAUUUAUGUUGAAUGUUUAGUUUUUCCUCUGCAUGCUACAUCAUAUGUUGUGGGAACUAUAAGAACCUUCAUAGUAUACGAAUACAAAAUAAAAUAUUUGAACCUUG